AUGGCGAACGGCUUUGGCAGUGGCAAUUCCGGCUGGAGCUCCGCGAAUAUAUGGAACGGCAAUCUAGGAGACCAGAACCUGAACGAGGCCGUUUUAGAGGGGAAAGCCGGCUCGAGCUCGCUGUUAUCCACGUCAGAGUCGGACGGGUGGGGGAGCCGCGGUCGUCAUAACCUUCCCUGGGAUACGAUCAACUCGUCCUCGGGCUCCCUGUCACGGGCUCACAAUGCCAGCAUGACCACCUCGCCAGUGCAGACCCGCGGGAACGAGCGAAGUGUGGCGGCCCUCUCCGAGACGACUGAUCCCUCGUACUUCUCCAUCCCCAGGUCGUCUGCCAUUGGGUCCUCCAUUGGUGCGACGCCUCACAACACCUACCUGCAUAGUACGCCGGAUGCCAUCUCGCCCUCCAACGAUGGCAACAGCUUUGGUGCCUUCAAUGGUUUGAGGAAUGGAGAAAGUCGGCGGCACGCCAGUGCCACCAGUGUGACUGGUUUCGGCGGGGCUGCGAGGGGGCCUGGGUUCUCGAUCAAGCCAGGCUUCGCAAGCCCGCUGGACAACGCAAGGUCCGAGGAAAUCGGGGGAUCCGCGGCCAUGUCUUCGUUGCCGCAGGCUCUGCCUGAUAAAGUUCCUCCACCUCUCGCCCGCAACACCUAUACCCAUGCAGCGCACAAUUCUGCAUCUUUCACGUCGCACCGGCCCACGCACUCGUCAUUCCCGUCGUUCCAUUCAGAUAGCCAAGGGUUCGAUGGUCGGAUUGGGAACGGAUCCGUGGAUUUUAACCGGUUGCAAAUAAGUGACAACAGCAUGUUGCCGUCACAUUCCGUAACAAAUCGAUCGACCUAUCUGUCUAGUCCGUCCCUGGAUGAGCAGUUCGCCCGAUACAACUAUCAACCGGGGGCCGACGAUGUCGCCUACCAGACGAUGUCGGGCUACCGAGGGGACCCCGCGGCGGACGUGCAAUUGGGUUACCCAGCGAUCAGGCCGCGGAUUGGGGACAACGUCUCCCCGUCCGAAUAUCGGAUGGAUAGCCCGUUUUACAAUGGUCUGGACGGUAAUCCCUCCAACAUGCCGCACUUUCGAAACUCUUCCGGAAGCCGCUUGUCAGAGCACCAAGCCGCCAACUUGGAGCGACGGUUGCGAGCGUACCAGCCCGAUCAUGAUUUUCUGCCGGCCUCGGGAAACCCCUUGCAGCAACGGUUCCCUUCUUCCAGUCGACCGGCUUACGACAUGGUCCAGUUUCCCGCGGCACAUCUGACCCAAAUGGCUGGCGUGGCCCCAUACUACGGCGUGCCCCAGUUUACCGGACCUGCUAUGUCUACCAGAGGUUCCCGUGAUCAACCGUCGCCGCACCGAAGUAUCGUUCUGGAAGAGUUUCGCGCCAACAGCAAGGGUAGUAAACGAUAUGAGUUGAAAGAUAUAUACGGACAUAUAGUGGAGUUCAGCGGUGACCAGCAUGGGUCUCGAUUUAUUCAACAAAAGCUAGAGACGGCAAACAGCGAUGAAAAGGAACAAGUCUUCAAGGAGAUUCUGGACAACUGCAUCCAGCUCAUGUCCGACGUCUUUGGAAACUACGUCAUCCAGAAAAUGUUCGAGCAUGGCAACCAGACCCAGAAAAAGAUGUUGGCCUACAGCAUGAAGAACCAUAUCCUGGUUUUGUCCACGCAGAUGUAUGGGUGCCGUGUGGUUCAGAAGGCUUUGGAACACGUCCUUACCGACCAGCAAGCAGCGAUGGUCAAGGAGCUGGAGCCAUCCGUGUUGCGCUGUGUGCGUGACCAAAACGGCAACCAUGUCAUCCAGAAGGCUAUCGAACGGGUUCCAUCCGAGCAUGUGCAAUUCAUCAUCAACGCCUUCAAGGGGCAGGUUGACAAACUUGCCACCCAUCCGUACGGGUGCCGGGUCAUCCAACGGAUGCUGGAGCACUGCCAGGAGGCUGACCGACGAUCCAUCCUCGAGGAGCUCCAUGCAUGCACAUCGAAGCUCAUCGCGGAUCAAUUCGGCAACUACGUGAUUCAGCAUGUGAUUGAGAAUGGGGAUGAGGACGACCGGGCUCAGAUGGUCGCGGUCGUCAUCACCCAUGUGAUCACGUACUCGAAGCACAAGUUUGCCAGCAAUGUGGUCGAGAAGUGUAUCGAGUUUGGAACGGAAGCUCACCGGCAGGAGAUCUUCCACCAAUUGACGUCGCAGGAUGCAGAUGGCAACAGCGCACUGCAAGGUCUCAUGCGCGACCAGUUCGGGAAUUAUGUCAUUCAGAAGGUUCUCGCGAUGCUCAAGGGUGCGGAUCGAGAGGCCCUGGUGGAGCGGAUCAAGCCAAUCUUGAAAGAUCUCAAGGACAAGUCUCACGGGCGGCAAAUCAUGGCCAUUGAGAAACAGAUUAAUGACGCGGAAGCUCCUGCGGGCCCCCUUGCUCACACGGCGUCGUCCACAACGCCCCCCAACUCUCACAAGUCCUCUCCGCAGCCGUCCAAGCGGUCCGUGAAUGGCAUUGACAACUGCCGGGUUCCUGUGGUCGGAGCUGCCCCGCCCACGCCGCCUCCCACCGACACGCAGUGCCCUGGGGAUGCUUCUACCGAAUCCAAAAACAUCGCACGAACCACCGUCACGCGCUUGGCCGAGUCGGAGUCUGCAGACGCCGCCUCUGUCGGUACAUGA